UGGGCCGCCCCCGUCCGGAUUCCGGCAGAACCCUCCGGACGCGAGCGGGCAACCCGGCCCGUCUCUCCAUGCGCUCGGCGGCGGCGGCGGCGGCGGCGGCCAAUGGACGCCGAGGUGCUGCUGGGCCCCCCCGCCGCGGCGGACGUGAAGGGCAACGAUAAGCUGGCCGACGCCGAGCUGGAGGUGCUCAAGCUGCAGGAGCUCGUCCGCAAGCUGGAGAAGCAGAACGAGCAGCUGCGCAGCAGGGCCAACGCCGUCCACGACGGUGCCGUCGCCUCCGGCCACCAGCGCCGCCUCCUCCACCGCAAGCGCCCCCGCUUCCAGACCGCAGCCCGGGAGUGCCCCCGGGAGCCCUUCGCCUAUUUGCAGCCCAGCUCGGAGGAGGAGGAGGAGGAGGAGGAGGAGGAGGAUGGAGGCGCGACGGUCCUGGAUCUGGUGGACAUAUUGGACCUCAGCACCGUGCUCGCAGUCUCCGAACCGGAUCGCUGGCUUUACGUGAGCGCCAGAGCCAAGUCGCGCGGCGGCGGCGGCGGCGGCCUCAGUCCUCUCCAGUGGUGCAGGCAGGUCCUGGACCACCCGGCACCAGAAGUGCAGCUGGCGAGGAUGACGCUGUGCCACAGAUUGGACCAAGCCGAGCGGCGGCGAGGAGCCUCCCGCGUCCGAGCGUACGGCUGCGUCGACGGGCUGUCCGCCCUCAGCCGCCCGGUGCCGCCUUACGCCCAACCUGCUGCGAUAACCGAGACCGCAGCCCUGGCGCCGCCGCCGCCGCCGCCGCCGCCGUCACGGUCCGGCCCCGCCCUCCCGCUCAGGCCCAGCCUCGGCUUGGACAGAGGCCCCACCUUCCUGUCCAACUCCAGCCUGCACAAUGUCGGCCGGCGGCAAGCGUGCGUCAGCCCUCAGUCUUCCCUGGACAGCGAGGCGGGCAUUUCGGAGCUGGAGGACGACUCCAUCUCCAUGGGCUACAAACUGCAGGACAUGACGGACGUGGAGGUCAUGGCCCGCCUUCAGGAGGAGAGCCUGCGUCAGGACUACGCGUCUACCUCGGCGACCGUCAGUCGACGCCGCUCCAGCUUCUCCCUGAACUCGCUCUGGCGCGGCGGCGCAGACCCGGAGGAGGACGAGGAGGACGAGGACGAGGGUUACGACCAGCUCCCUCCUCCGCAGCCUCGACUCUUGCGCGCGGGCACGGUGCGGCGCGGCGGCCUGCCGCACUCGCACACCUUCUCCAGCUUCAGAGAAUGCAGGCGCGGCUCGGCCGCCUCGACCUUCUCGCUCGGGGGGCUGGCGCCGUACGCGGCGGGCGCCGGCCUGAGCGGAGAACCGCACGCGGCUUACAGGAACGGCGCAGACAUACGGCUGCGGAGAAGCAUGCCCAACCUGAUGCGAGCCCCCAGCGUGCCGAGCGUUCCCAGUAUGCAACGCCCGGCGUCCCCCGUCGACCCCCCGUCCCGCGGCCCCUCCUCCCUGCCGACCGUGUCCUCCCUGCGCGGCAGCCUCAGCUUUGACUCGUCCAGCGGCCUCGCACGCUUCCAGUCGUCCAUUCCUUCCCCGGGCCAGCUGAGUCAGCGCGUCCAGAGCGUCGGCAACUUCUCCGCUGCCGCUCGUCAGCCGCUCAAAGCCACCGCCUACGUCAGCCCCACCGUCCUGCAGGGCCCCUCCGCCGGCCCGCACUCCGUCCCCGGCAGCGCGGCGCCGCCUCAGCCCCUCAAGCCCGCCGCCGGCUCGGUACCGCAGCCCGUAAAGACCCCCGGCGCCGCCCAGUCCGCCGUCCCCCGCAGCUCGCUCCCUCGCCCCGCCUCCUUCGUGGGCCUCGGCGGAGCUCUGCGUUCCGGCAAAAUCACACAACCCACACGCAGUUUGCUGACGCCCCCGAAGAGCCUCACCUCCCUAAGCACCCUGAGGGACGCCAGCUGGAAAGAUGGCUGCUAUUAAAAUCCCACAGGUAUCGUGAUAACCAUAACAAUGAUAACAAUAAUACUGAUAACAGGGUCGAUAACGCUGCAUUACUGACCGUAAGAG